AUGAGGAUUUUCUUGGUUUGGACCCUUUUCCCAGGUGGCUGGGCAGUGACAGGCCCCAGGCAGGUGACAGUAGAGCAGGGCAGCUCACUGGCCCUGUCCUGCAGCUACAAUCCACGCUACAAGCUCAGCUUCAAGUACUGGAGCCGCAAAAGCUCCCUCGUGACCUCCGUGAUCCAAACCGACGGCUCAGAGGUGACGGUGACACGGGACAGGGUGUCCAUCAGGGACAACCACACAGCCAAUUCAUUCACGGUGACCCUGAGCCGUGUCACAGCCGGGGAUGCAGGCCGGUACUCCUGCGGGGUGAAGAGAGUGGGGACCAGCCGAGGGCACAGCACCGAGGUGAGGGUGUCUGCAGCAGCUGCUUCAAACACAACUGAGAAGAGCAACCUGAGCCCAUUGACCACCGAUCCUCUGUGUCCCAGGGGCUGUGGGGAGCCUCCAGUGCUGUCCCAGCCCAGUGUCAUCCACUUGCUGCUUCUGCUCAGCAUCAAGGUGCCCGUGGCACUGGCUGUGAUUGGAGGGGCAGCGUGGGUGAGGGGCCGGGGCGGGAGCCGAGAGCAGGAGAUGCCGCAGCUCUCGGGGGCAUCCAGCAGCACCAGCACACGGGGCUGCGCCCCCGGCCCGAGCCCCUCCGAGCCCCAGCGACGCCCUCCUGCCCCCCCGGCCCCCGCCCUGCCGGGGCCGCGCCUCCCCUCGCGGCCGCCCCGUGCCGGGAGCUGCUCGGCUCCGGGCACUGCUGGCCCUGGGGAGCCUCGGCCCCUCCUGGCAGCCCCUGCGCUGCGCAGGGAAGGGUUUGGGCUGCAGGGAGUGGCUGGCUGGUGA